AUUCGGUGAUAUUUCUUUCUAAAAACAAAAACUGAAAUAGUGUUCAACAUAACCUGCCUCAGCACGUUUGCGAAAAUCUAUUGGUUCCUUUGAGAGGUUUUUUUAAGAGCACUCGGCUAACCUCCAGGUACGAUUUCCGUACAGCUCCAUACAUUAAUUAUGUAUGCAACUAUGUCAAACCAUCACAUUAUACUCAAACAGCAAUCGUGAAAAGAACGAGUCAGUCAAAAAAUUGCAUGCAUAAUUAAUGUAUGGGGUGGUGCAAAAAUCUUGCCAACCUCCCUGUCAAAAUAAGAGAGCCCCUCUGCCAGUUUUGUCCUCAUAGUAUAACUUCCACUGACAGAAUUGCUAUGAUAACGAUGACAACCACAAAGCCCUUUGAGGUGUAUUGAAUAGGCCGCAAAGCGCUUUAAGGUGUUUUGAAUAGGCCACAAAGCGCUUUGUGGUGUGAAAAAUUGGAAAAACCAAAUUAUUCCAGAAAAUAGCUGAGAUAUUUGCGAGUCAAUGAGCCAUCCAGUUUUCAAUAUUAAAUCCCAAAAUAAACCACAUAGCGCUCUGUGGUGUUUUGAAUAGGCCACAAAGCGCUCUGUGGUGUUUUCAAUGGGCCACAAAGUGCUCUGUGGUUUUUCGACUACUACUGCUGUUUUGUAAGGCAAAGCAGACUAGGAACAGUUAGAAAGCACUCCGGCCAUAAAAUCUACUCGACAAGAAACUUUCUGUAAUAAAUGUUUGAUGCUACAAGAGACGGCUUACCCAAAAAGGUUCAGUCAGUCAGCCUCAACAAACCUAUACUGAGAAGAGGGCUUUCGUGAACCAGAUUUCAUGUGAGUGACAUGAUUGGGAAUAGAAAAAAUAUUGCACAGAUUGAGGGGUAGUUUUACAGCACCGAAACUAAAAUUGGUUACACUGCUUCUCAGAAAUUUUGUUUUGCCUCUGUAAUAUCAUUGAACGACCUGAAUGAUUUGAGAAUAAUCAAAGCGCGGAGUUUAAUAUUGGCUGGCCGGGAACACGUAGUUCACAAACCGGAGAGCAACCACUGUUUAAAUCUUCGAUCAAACUUUCAUGUUGAAUUUGAAACCGAAAAUACACUAAGCGGUUAAUUUCCGAUAGAAGUCUUGUGAGGUAAAUGCAAUUCUUACAAAUAGUCACUGCACAUUUACGUUCAGAGUUACUCUGGUUCAGAGUAAAGACAUACAAAGUCAAAUACUGCUUCUGUACGCUACCCCUCGAAAAAUCAAUUUUGCUCGAAGACCGAACUGCAACGGAGUUUAGUUACCAGUCUUAUGCUGCAUGUUAUUAGAUAGAACACAUGAUAUGAUUGGCUCCAUAUAUCACAUUACGUCAGAGGACAUGUCUGCCACGUGGGACAACUGCAACGGUACAAACAGCCACAGUAACAGUCUGACUACUACAACAUUUACCAUUUAUUUUGCCACAAACAUCAUUUUCACCAACAUCAUAUACAUAUAUCAUACCACAAACAUUGCCACAAACAUUAUCUAUCAUAUCACAUACCCUGUUUCAAAAAUUACCAUUUAUCACACUCCAGACAACAUAACCACAAAUGCCAUCUAUCAUACAUCUACCCCAUUUCCAUUUUUAGCAUUUGUCAUCUAUAUUCCACCAACACCAUUACAGCAGUCAUUAUUUAUCAUUCCACAAAUGCCAUUGUCAUAAACAUCCUCUAUUAUACAACCUAUCACAUUUCCCCUUCCAUUUGAAAGGGAAUGUAAAUCUUGGUAUGGCUGAGCACUGCCACAGGUAUUACUUUUCAUUCUCCUUUAAAAAUGCAUUUCAUUUCAGUUUGCCAACACUUUGCCUUAUUUUUUUUUAUUUCCUUGUCUCUGAUUUAACUUUAAUUCUGAACAGUGUUUGACUUUGCUUCUGCUUUUUUACGUUGGCUUUCACUUUGCAUCUUAUUUGCAUUUCAUUUUACAUGUACACAUGUUAUAAAGCUCAAAAACACGUAUAGAAUUAAGUAUUUCUGGCACAUGAUCCAGAUUGUUCAUUUUUUUAGCCCCAAAAUUGCAAAAGUCUGUAGAGCCUGUAAUCAAGAAGAAACAAAACGUUGAGGACCGACCUCACUGUACAUUGAACUUUGCUGAAUCAAACAUUGAACUCCUCUGAACACUAAAAUGACUUAUGUAAUUAACAUGACAGCCAGUAAUUUUUCUAGAUGGCUAGCUGAGGUCACAGUUCUCAAUUUAGAUUCAGCUAGUGGCUUGUUUGCAUCCUUAACCCUUUAAGCUCUGAUAGUGCCAUAUGGCACUCUUGCGUGACUGUAGCUUACUCCCGAGAGUGCCAUAUGGCACUCUGAGGCCUUCAUGUAUUGUGUCCAAUCAAAAGCACUGUUAUAUCAUUGCCAGGCUGUUCUAUUGUGUUUCAACCAAUAGAAAAGAGUUUUAGCUUUCAUUUUACGUGUCAAACGUGGCAAGGUUUCACUAAGCAUCACCAUGAAAAUCACAACUGAAAUGUGAUGGCAGCAGCUAGUGAAAGCGAAAGCAAAGAGGACACCUUUUUGGGAUUUGUCAAAGAAGAUCGAGAGGCUGUUGCUGAGUGGAGACUAGCUAGAUUUGAAGCUAGAAACCAGAGUGACUUGGGGUCGAAUAUUUCCAUCUCUUCUGUGGCUAGUGAAGUCCUUUCAGACUUGUCAGACUCCGAAGAGGAAGAAGAAACGUGGAAUGCAAACGUAAACCCCAUAGAGGCCUCACCAUUCACUGCAGCUACUAGCCCAACUUCUGGCAUUGCAGAGGAUGGAACUGCGACUGAUUUCUUUUACUUGAUGUUCCCAGAAGAGCUUAUAGAACAUAUUGUCAUCGGGACGAACUGCUAUGCUCAGGAAUGCAUUGCUACAACUCUGGACCACAAAUGGUUGGAAACAACGUUCACUGAAAUGAAAGCAUUCAUCGGUCUUCGCGUGCUGUUCGGCAUCAAACAGUUGCCUGCAACGCACCUUUACUAGAGCCAAGAUCGACUCAUUGGCGUCCCUUUCAUUCAAAAAGUGAUGUCAAGAAAUCGCUUCACCAAAUUGUUGAAACAUCUACAUCUAAAUAAUAAUGCGAAUCGCUACAACUCCGGACCACAAAUGGUUCGAAAUAACGUUCACUGAAAUGAAAGCAUUCAUCGGUCUUCACGUGCUGUUCAACAUCAAACAGUUGCCUGCAACUUGCCUUUACUAGAGCCAAGAUCCACUCAUUGGCGUCCCUUUCAUUCAAAAAGUGAUGU